AGAUAAAUUAUUUUUUCAUAAUCAAUUACUUUUAAUUCAGAAAAUAAGUACUUACUAUUAUUUUAGUUAAUGGAUGGGGUCUAAAUUUAAAAAUAAAUAAAGCGAAAAUCUUGAAUCACCUUCUUGAUUGUGACCUAUCCCUUUGAGGUUCCUCCUAUAUUAAUUUGAUUCCCCACCAGUCUGCCAUUUCAUUUUCUCUCUCACUCUCUCUCUAAUAUCCACUUCAUUAAGGCCUCCUCUUCUUUCGCUGACAAUCACAGAGUAUUCUAUACAAAAACUUUGCUAUCCUUGUGUACCUUUUGCCAGCAUUGCAGUGCAGAAGAAUAUCUCCAAUUCCACAUGGGGAGGCACUCUUGUUGUUACAAGCAGAAACUGAGGAAAGGCCUUUGGUCUCCAGAGGAAGAUGAGAAACUUGUUAAGCACAUCACCAAGUACGGGCAUGGAUGUUGGAGCUCUGUCCCUAAAUUAGCAGGUUUGCAAAGGUGUGGGAAGAGUUGCAGAUUGAGGUGGAUAAACUACUUGAGGCCUGAUUUGAAAAGGGGCACAUUCUCACAACAAGAGGAGAAUCUGAUAGUUGAACUCCAUGCAGUUCUUGGCAACAGAUGGUCUCAGAUUGCAGCCCAGCUACCGGGGCGAACCGACAACGAAAUAAAGAAUCUGUGGAAUUCCUCCAUCAAGAAGAAGCUGAGGCAGAGAGGCAUUGACCCAAACACUCACAAACCACUUUCAGAGACUGGAGAUGAAGAGAAAGAACCAGAAGCCAGAAGAAACAAUGAGAAAGUCUCUGGAGAAUCCAGUGACUUGAAGAAAAUCACACAAAGAGAGAAUUCAGACAAGGGAAUUGUGAUUCCCUCCCCACAGCCACCAACCCAAGAAUUCUUCCUAGACAGAUUUGUUCCCUCCCAUGAGAGCCCCACCUCAAGUUUCUCUUUCCAGCAGCUGAAUUACAGCAGGCCUGAUAUUGGCCUCUCUGGAAAUGGAAACACAAGCCUCUUCGUUCCUGAUUUCAGUUCCACCCUUUUCCCUCCCAUUUCAACCACAAUUCUACCCCCCUCGACGCAUAUCAAACCCACGGUUAGCGUUCCGUCCAGCAAUCCUUUCGAUAUGAACGGAUUCCGAUUCAGCAACAAUGGCAGCAGCAGCAACGGAAGCAGCAGCAACAGCAUGGAUUUGCAGAGCAACAAUUCGUUCUUCGACAACGGUUUUUCGUGGGGGCAGCCGGAUUGUGUCAAGGCAGAGAAAGAAGCUGAGAUUCAACAAAUGGAAGGCGACCCAAAUGAAAUCAAGUGGUCUGAGUAUCUUCAAGCACCAUUUCUUGCCGCAAUUCAGAACCAAGAUAUGUACAGUGAGACCAAACCAGAAGCCCAAUUCACGAAUACUAAUUGGAACCCGAGCCAGAACCAAACCGCGGAUGUUUAUACUAAGCAUUUCCAGAGACUGGCUGCUACCUAUGGACAGUAUUCUUAACUUCUGGUUUACAUUUGGAAGCUCCAUUUGAAGGUGAACUUUCUUGUUUUUAUUUUCCUGUUUUUUUUUUUUUUGGUUUCUGUAAAUAGGUCCUGAUACAGAGUUCCUGGCUUUCUAAUACCAUCUAUUUCGUGAUUUGAAACAAUGUUCUGCUCUUCCUUUUUUUUAUUUUUGCUUAUGGAGUUACACAAUAAAAGUCUUGUUUCUCUA